AUGACUUCGACCGUCAGGUAUGCGGUGAAUCCGUCCAGCGUGGAGUUUGAAGCCAAGGUAACUCCGGUGGUUCUCACUUCUUGUAUAAUGGCCGCCACCGGAGGCCUCAUGUUCGGUUACGACAUCGGUGUUUCUGGGGGAGUGGUGUCAAUGCCUUCAUUCCUGAAAGAGUUCUUUCCAAUAGUGUACGAAAGAACACAAAAUGAAAAAGAAGAGGGCAACAAUUACUGUAAAUACGACCACCAAGGCUUACAAUUGUUCACAUCUUCACUUUAUGUGGCUGCUGUAUUAGCCACAUUAAUUGCAUCAUACACAACCAGAGUUUUGGGUCGGAAAAAGACAAUGGUCAUUGCUGGAAUUUUCUUCAUUGUUGGAACCAUGUUAAACUCCACUGCCAUUAGCCUUUUCAUGCUCAUUCUUGGGAGAAUUUCUCUGGGUAUUGGAGUUGGAUUUGCCAACCAGGCAGUACCAUUGUUUCUGUCGGAGAUAGCGCCAACGAGGAUGCGUGGAGCUUUGAAUAUAUUGUUUCAAUUCGAUGUUACCGUCGGGAUUAUGUUCGCUAACCUCAUUAAUUAUGGCACAUCCAAGAUCGGGUGCGGAUGGGGAUGGAGGCUAUCAAUGGCAUUAGCUGGCGUUCCGGCGAUGCUAUUAACUGUGGGAGCUAUCUCAGUUGAUGAUACUCCAAAUAGUUUGAUUCAACGUGGGUAUUUGGAGAAAGGCAAAUUGGUUCUGAGCAAAAUUAGAGGCACAGACAAGAUCGAGUCAGAGUAUUUGGAGAUCGUUGAAGCAAGUCGCAUUGCUCAAGGUGUCAAACAUCCUUUUGCAAUGCUUCUUACGCGCCAACAUCGACCGCCUUUAGUUAUUGCCAUAUUGUUUCAAGUCUUCCAACAACUCACUGGAAUGAACGCAAUUAUGUUCUAUGCUCCAAUUUUAUUCAACACAUUGGGAUUUGGUAACGAUGCAUCUUUGUACUCCUCUGCAAUAACAGGGAUCGUUAAUGUCCUUGCUACAUUGAUCUCUAUUUAUUCAGUUGAUAAAGUUGGCCGACGAAUGUUGUUGUUAGAAGCUGGAGUUCAAAUGUUCAUUUCACAAACGAUCAUUUCAGUUGUGUUAGGCUUGAAAUUCCAAGACAACUCUAAUAAUCUAUCCCAAGGGUUGGCCAUUUUGGUGGUGUUGAUGGCGUGCAUUUUUGUUUCCUCUUUUGCUUGGUCUUGGGGACCACUUGGAUGGUUGAUACCUAGUGAAAUUUUUCCACUGGAGACACGAUCGGCUGGGCAAAGUGUGACAGUUUGUGUGAAUAUGAUGUUCACGUUUAUGAUAGCUCAAUCUUUUUUGUCCAUGUUGUGCUAUAUGAAACAUUGGAUAUUCUUGUUUUUCUCUAGUUGUGUGAUUGUAAUGUCAUUGUUUGUGUUCUUUUUGGUGCCGGAGACAAAGGGUAUUCCAAUUGAAGAUAUGAAGGAAAGAGUAUGGAAGCAACAUUGGUUUUGGAAGAGAUUUAUGGAUAAUGUGGUCGAAGAGACGAAGUAUUCUUUUUGA